AUGGCCUCGCAAGCACCUAUACUGAAGGUAGACCCUGAAUUAAGGCUUAUUUGGCAAGGAGCCCCAAACAUGGGUACACUCCGGGAUGCAUUUGCCGUCCGUGACGCAUUCGCAUCCCAUUACCCGGAAAUAUUCGGCGUCCCCCAUCAAUCAGUCUCCACUCAACCACGCUCCCACAACGUCAGGUCUGCCGAUGGAACCCAAAUAGAGGUUGUGCAUUUUAUCCCCGAGACACCUGCAGCAGAGAAAGCGCCACCGGCUCGUGCAGUCAUAUUCUGUUUUGGCGGCGGUUUCAUCAUGGGAAACGCGGACAGCAACAUGGAUUUUGCCGCCGAUAUGGCAAUCCAGACACGGAGCCAGGUGUUCAUGCCGAACUACCGCCUCGCACCGGAGCACCCAGCCCCGGCGGCCGUGGAGGACGUCUACGCUACGCUGAGGUGGGUGCAGACGCAUGCCGCAGAGCUCGGCAUUGAUGCGGCACGCGUGGUUCUUUUUGGUAUGAGCGCGGGCGGCGGAAUUGCCACCGGUACUGCCCUAAUGGCUUAUGACAAAAGCCUCGCCAGUUCAGAAAAGCUUCCGCUGCCGGCCGGCUUGGCGCUGCGGUACCCUAUGUUAGACGACCGCACGGCCGGGUCGAUCGAUGACCCGGAGCACCGCUAUCAUGUUUGGAACUACGUGGUCAAUGAAAUUGCAUGGACAGCGUACGCGGGCGGCAAGGCAAGAGCUGAAAGGACGGACGAAAACGUUUCUGUGUACGCGGCACCAGCGCGGGCUGGGUCAGAUAAGCUGCAGGGCCUGCCGCCGACGUUUGUGGACGUAGGGGGGCUGGACUUAUUCCGAGACGAGAUUGUCAGGUUUGUGACCGCGCUGGCCAAAGCCGGCGUUGAGUUUGAGUUCCACCAGUACCCGGGGCUUCCACACGGCGUCGAAUUGAUGGCGCCGGGGAUUAGCAAGGCGAUUACCAUGAAGAAUAAUAUGCUCAGGUUCAUUGGUAGAUUUUAG